GGCGACUACCGCCAGCUGGUCCACGAGAUCGACGAAGCGGAGUAUGCCGAAAUCCGAUUCAUGGUCAACGAAUUGAGAAACAUUUACGCUGUGACCUAUGACAGCAUCCUGAAGAAUUUUGACAAGAUUAAGAAGCCCCGGGAUGAAAACAAAGGGAUGAUCUACUAAAGGGUUCAGCCAGCAAUCAGGUCACCUCCCGGACCCUUUUUUCCUUCCCUGAUCAACUUGAUCCUCUUUCAAUAAACAGAUCUUUAAAACCUGG